AUGUGGCCGUCGCUGCUGCUGCUGCUGCUGCUGCUGCCUGUCACCCGGGUACCCACCGCCAGCGCUGCGCCCGGCCCGGACGCUAGGACCCAGGAAGACCUCCAGAGCCUGCUCCAAGGUCUCAACCGCCAUCUUCUAAGGCGGCGGGGCUGGGGGGGGGGUGGAGGUGGACGAGGGUCAGACGGAGGCCUGGGGAACAAACAGGAGCCAAAGGGACAGAUGCCCAAACUGGAGGAGACCGAGGAGGGCCGUGGGCGGCCUCAAACCAGAGGCCCCGCUCUGGCUGUGCCCUCGGGUCGUGACGUGGCUGCCACCGCGGUGCAGCCCUGGGUCCCAGGAGGACGUGCCAACCUGAGCCACUGGCCCGAGUCAAACUGGACUAGCCCGCAGGAGUUCGUCAUCCUGGGCUUCUCGGGGUGGCCCCGGGGGCUCCAGGGGCUCCUGUUCGCCCUCCUUCUGCCUCUCUAUCUGGCCACGCUCGCGGGAAACCUGCUCAUCCUGGGCCUGGCUGUUGUGGACCCCGCCCUGCAAACGCCCAUGUACUUCUUCCUGGGCGCGCUGUCUGCUGUCGAGGUGGCCUACACCCUGGUGCUGACCCCCCGCAUGCUGGCUGGCUUCCUCUUGCCUCCUGGGGGCCAGGCCGUGGCUGCCUCCACCUGUGCUGCCCAGAUGGGCCUCUUCGUGGCUCUGGGGGGCUCGGAGUGCCUGCUGCUGGCUGCCAUGGCGCUGGACCGUUACCUGGCCAUCUGCCAGCCCCUCUACUACCCUCAGCUCAUGACCUCAGGGCUCUGCUGGGGCCUGUUGGCCUCCUGCUGUGUCGGCGGCUCUGUCCUGGCCUUAGGCCUCACCAUGGCCAUAUUCCGGCUGCCCUUCUGUCACGGUGGCCUGGUCAACCACGUCUUCUGUGAUCUCCCGGCAGUAUUGGUGCUGGCCUGUGGGAACCGGGACCUGCAGGAAUAUGUGCUCCUGGCCGCAUGCCUGCUGCUGCUGGUGCUGCCCCUGGCCCUGAUCCUGCUCUCCUACACCAGGGUGCUGGUGGUCAUCCUGGGCGUUGGGGGCGCCGCGGGCCGCCGGAAGGCCUUCAACACCGUGGUGUCCCAUCUCACGGUGGCUGUGCUCCACUAUGGCUGCGCCACGGCCAUGUAUGCCAGGCCCCUCCACAGCCGCUCGCUGGAGGAGGACAAGCUAGUCUCGCUCAUCUACAUCAACCUCACGCCACUGCUCUACCCAGCCAUCUACACAUUGCGGAACCGGGACAUGCAGGGUGCCCUGCAGCGUGUGGCCAGCCAGAGGACACCAGGCACAGUCCACCAAGCUGAUCUCACCUGA